AGAAUGCCUGAAAGAGAGAGCAACUCGCUUGCGUGUGCACCACCCCCUCCUCCGGUUACAAAAUAAUAUAUAAAGCAGUGAACUUUGGACAAUCAGUGUUGAUGAAACCGUCUGAAAACAUUAAUUCUCAGGUAUACCCGGUAAUAAAUCAUAUUACACCAAUGUCGAUAUAUUUGUGUAUACAUGAUUUGAUAACGUGCUUCUGAAUUUACAAAACAAUCACCACACGCAGGCAGCAGGACGAUUUUACUUGUUCAAAUAACUUUAGGUUGCAUUUUCGAAUAAACACACAACCUUUGGUAUUGUGUAUAUAAUAAAUAUUGUAAAGAUUACUGUGUCGUAGCAUGUAUUCAUGAGAGCAUGGAUUUACUCUGACUUUUCAUACCAAUCAUAACUGCAGUAGUUUCGUAUGUCAUUAUUUUCAAGAGCGAAACAGAGAGGCUUAAAUUGUCCUUUGUAUGAUAUCAACAGCGGCCAUAUUGCUCAUGGAUCUGUAGAGAUUGUCGGUAAAACAGGAAUGGAGAAAUAUUGAACUUCUGUGUAUUCAUCCUGAAAUGUUAAUGGAUUCCGAACAUUGGUUCCGAUUGUGAGCUUAGUAUAUAACGACCACGAAAGACUUGAUAUUUGAGGCAGAUCAUUGACCAUUUGUGAAGUUAUCGUAUUCAUUAAAAUGGCGCUAAAACGAGAUCCAGGUUACUUCAAGCUUCCGAACAUGUUUGUCAUGUUCCUCAUCGCGUUUGGAAUGACAUUGACUGCGAUGUGUGUCUAUGCACCAGACAAGAUACCUUAUCACUACCUUGGUUUCCUUGGUGAUCUAGCUAAGUAUUUGGCUUAUCAGAGACCCCGACUCAUCGAAGCAAUAUGGUACAUGGCAGUAUCAAUUCAUGUUUCCGAAGCCAUUUAUGCAUUCUAUCUCGCUGGGCAAAAGGGGAUCACGGGUCAAGCUCGGAUUCUGUGGUUCAUUUUUACACUCGGUUUCGGUAUCGGGUCCCUCAUCAACCUCCUUAAGUACGACCUCGACUCCUCCGCCGACCCCGUGGGCGAGCUCCUCUUCGAAUUCGGCUACGAUAAGGAAGAUGAUGACCUUACGUCGCUGUCCAAGGACGUAAGCGCCAUCGAAGUGAACAAAAGAGACGCUGAGCAACAUGCCUGAGAGAGAGAGAGAGAGAGAGAGAGAGAGAGAGAGAGAGAGGGGGGGGGGGGGUGACCGGGGCUGCAUUUGGAGGGGAUGCACACAAUAAUUAAAACAAAAAAACUCUGAAAGGUCUGAAUUUAAAAGGUAUUAUACGAGGCGAAAACGGAGUAGUAUAGUAUGAGAUUCUAGAGACGUACAAGGAGAGUGAAUUUGAGAAGAAAAGAAAAAUAGAAUAAAGAGUAAAGAAAAUAA